CCCCCCGGUGAAACGUAAACUGCGUUAAGAUGGCGGCGGUGCGGUUGUUCCGGAAAGAGUAACGGUCAUUAAAAAAAGCAGAGCGAGGCCGGCUCGCCAGUGACUCGGUCGCCGCACCAGCCCGGUCCAACGACAGCCGCCGGAGCUAGUCAACAAGACGCGAGGAUGUGUUGCUGCGUCUGCGCGGGUGGCUGAUAGCUCGCCGUGGGUGUGGGAAGGAUGAACCAGGAGUAUUGUAUUAGUUCUUCAUUUAAGUAAGGAUGUGUUGGAAACAGUUCAGAGAAGGUUUGCUAGAUAUAUGGAAUGGACAUGUGAUGAAGAAAAAUUGGACAAACACAAGAUCCUGGAGGUCUAGAAAGCACUAGAGCUGUCCAUUUAAGACAGGCUGAUGUUUCCAUAUGGGGAUGGGGAUGCUUGGUGUCGUUCUUUUUCUAGUCACUUUUGGACCUUUUGCUAUAUUUUACUUUGCGUUUUAUAUCCUGUGCUUUGUGGGUGGGGGUUUUGCAGUCAUAUUGCUUUUUGGGAAGACAAAUUCUGAGAAAUAUCUUGAAAAGUGUGAGCACACUUUUCUUCCUGCGGCACCAACCGGAGUCCCCAAAGCUUUAGAAGAAAUGAAACGCGAAACUAGGCAAAUAAAGAUUGACCGACGUUUGACUGGCUCAAGUAUCAUUGAUGAGCCUCUACAACAGGUCAUCCAGUUUGCACUAAGGGACUAUAUUCAAUACUGGUAUUAUACGCUAAGCAAUGAUGAAUCUUUUUUACUUGAAGUCAGACAGACUAUACAAAAUGCACUUGUUCAGUUUGCUACAAGGUCAAAGGAGGUAGACUGGCAACCAUACUUUACUACACGGUUAGUAGAUGACUUUGCUACACAUCUUCGUGUAUUCAGGAAAGCUCAGCAAAGGAUAGAAGAUCUGAGACCAAAAAAAGAUAUCGCCGAAGAAUUUGUUGAAACUUUUUUUGAGGUUGAAGUGGAAAUGGAGAAAGAAGUGUGCCGUGACCUCGUUUGUACUUCAGGCAAAGAUGAAGAAGCAUUCCUGAGAGAUCUCUGUGAGGUUCUAUUGUAUUUGAUUCUUCCUCCUGGAGACUUCCAUAACAAGAACAUGAGAUACUUCCUGAGGGAAAUUUUGGCAAAAGGAAUCCUUCUUCCAUUAAUUGACCAGCUCAGUGAUCCUGACUACGUUAAUCAGUAUAUUAUAUGGAUGAUCCGUGAUGCCAAUUGUAAUUAUGAAGCUUUUUUGAAUAUUAUCAAACUAAGUGACAAAGUUGUAGAACUGGAAGCAGUGAGGGACAGAGCUGCAGAAGAGUUGCAGUAUCUUCGAUCCUUAGAUACUGCUGGUGAUGAUAUAAGCACCAUAAAGAAUCAGAUAAACAGUUUACUUUUUGUGAAGAAAAUCUGUGAAUCGAGGGUACAGAGAUUAAACUCUGGAAAGGAAGUAGAUACGCUCAAGCUUGCUGCAAACUUUGGAAAACUUUGCACAAUCCCCCUUGACAGUAUUCUCAUGAAUAAUGUUGCAUUACAAUUUUUCAUGGAUUAUAUGCAGCAGACGGGAGGUCAGGCACAUCUUUUCUUCUGGCUUACUGUGGAAGGAUACAGAGUCACUGCACAACAGCAGCUAGAUGUUUUACAAAGUGUGCAAAAGGAUGGUGAAAGACAGAGCAAGCAAACCAAAGGAUUGUUGCGUGCCGCAGCUGUUGGUGUGUAUGAUCAGUAUUUGUCAGAAAAGGCAUCGCCAAGAGUCCACGUGGAUGAUAACCUGGUUGCUAAAUUGGCAGAAAAGUUGAAUUACGAGGAUCCUACACCAGAAAUAUUUGAUGAUGUACAAAGGAAAGUCUAUGACAUGAUGCUGAAGGAUGAGCAAUUCUACCCCUCUUUCAGGCAAAAUGCUCUUUAUGUGCGGAUGUUGGCUGAGUUGGACAUGUUGAAAGAUCCUAGUAUCAGAGGAUCAGAUGAUGGAGAUUUGGAGUCUUUCAACGGCUCCCCGACUGGUAGUUUAAAUUCGUCACUAGAUGAUCUUUCAAAUACCAGCUCUGAAGAGUCAUUGCAACUGCAAGUAACCAUUAGUGACACUGUCCAUGCUGAUUAUGAACCAUAUCCUGUGGCAGGAGUAUGCAAUGACCAUGGCAAGACCUAUGCUCUGUAUGCAAUCACUGUUCAGAGGAGAAACCCAGAUGGAAGUGAGGAUAUUUGGAAGACUUAUCGCCGCUACAGCGAUUUCCAUGACUUUCAUAUGCGGAUAACUGAGCAGUUUGAACAUCUUUCAAGUUUUCUUAAACUUCCUGGGAAAAAAACAUUCAAUAAUAUGGAUAAAGAGUUCUUGGGGAAGAGGAAAAAAGACCUUAAUACAUAUUUGCAGUUAUUAAUCAACCCUGAAGUGAUAAAAGCUUGUCCAGCUCUGAUUCCAUAUGUGAAUGACUUUCUGGAAAAUAAAGCCUAUAGCAAAGGAAAAGGUGAUUUUGCUCGUAAGAUGGACACGCUAGUAAAUCCCCUGCGUAACUCAAUGAGAAAUGUUUCAAAUGUUGUGAAAUCAAUUCCAGACAGUCUGGCAGAAGGAAUGACAAAAGUAUCAGACAAUAUGGGCAAAAUGUCUGAUAAACUAGGACAUGAAAUUAAGAAUACAUUUUUAAAGGUUCCUCCAUUAAAGCCAGAAGAAGGUAGUGAACAUAUUCGUGUUUCUGCCCAACUGGAUGAUAAUGUUGAUGACAAUAUUCCUCUUAGAGUUAUGCUGCUGCUAAUGGAUGAAGUAUUUGACCUGAAAGAAAGAAAUCACUGGUUAAGAAGGAACAUCAAAAACUUGCUUCAGCAGCUUAUCCGAGCUACCUAUGGAGACACAAUUAACAGAAAAAUAGUGGACCAUGUUGAUUGGAUGACUUCGCCAGAGCAAGUUGCAGAAACUGUAAAACGAUUCAGAGAUUCAUUUUGGCCUAGUGGUAUCUUAGCAGAAACUGCACCACGCAGGGAAAAAGCCAUAAGAAUGAGGUCAAGAGUAGCAGCUAAGACUAAAAUGCUGAUGAUUAUGCCAGAUGAGCUAAAACAUAUUAUUGGAGCUGAAACCACACGCAAGGGCAUUUUACGAGUCUUUGAGAUGUUUCAACAUAACCAGCUAAACAGAAGAUUGGUUUAUGUGUUUCUAGAGGGCUUCCUUGAAACCCUUUUUCCACAGUAUAAGUUUCGUGAGCUUUUCAUCAAGUUGCAUUCACGAUCGCAGCGGAUGCAAAGAUACAAGCAGAAGUCUCAGUCAGCUCAAGUUGCUUCCUCUCAAAAGAGGUGACGCUGCCAAGCAUGAAAACUGUGCUCUGAGGACAGGAUCUUAGGCACCUUCUCUAGUUCAGUCUAUGUUAUGGCAAUUUCUCUGGGGCUCUCAAAGCUAAGUUCCAGUUACAAUGCCACCUCUGUGCCAGCCUCCAGAGCCAUGACUCAGUGGCUUACAUCGGAAGACAUCAUUGUCUGCCGUGUUUGAUUUCUAAUGCACUUUUUUGCUCAUAAUACCCCUGUGUAUCAUAAGUGGUUUGUAUUUAUUACAUGUUCAUAGCUCAUCGAGAAAAUCUGUAUUCAUUUGUAAUAGAAGAGCUGUAGAUGCAUGGUUCAACUGCUGCAUCUUGUAGCUGUCUUCUUGUAUCUAGUUGGCAUCAAAACCAAUUAUACAUCUUUUAAAUUGUCUUGUGGACAGUUAGUGGGAGUAGCAGCAAUAUUGCCUAAAGAUAGAGCAAAGCACAAUUAUAAUGAUUUUGCAUUGGAAUAGAACUGGUGUGCCUCCAGUUUGGAGAUGAUGAAUUCUGCACAACUCAAAACAAAACAUGAUUGAGAGAAUGUGAUGGUUAAUUGAAAUUGGUUUAAAAAAAAGUUAAGAGAGUAUAAAUGUGAAAGAGCCUAAAGACCAGAAAUAAACAUUCCUAUUGACAGGAAUGGUACUUUGGGAUUUUGAGUUAAAUGGAAACUUGCUCACUGGACUGAGAGAUCCACAACUUUGGAUUAUCUUCCAUCCCAUUACCUGCACUCCCCAAACAGCUGAAUAGAGUGUUUUUUUUGCGUACAUGUCUGUGCUUGAUCCAUUAUUCAAGAAAUUACUGAGCCGUGUAUUUUCAUACAACUGUAAAGCCUCCAGACAUGAUUGUAGAUUUUAAUGUACAGAGAUUUUAAUGUACUUCAAAGUCGGAAUGUCCAAGGUAACAAGUGAGUGCUCUGAUUAGGAUUGAUCAGAAUAAUGUUGCCACUAACAAAUGUAAUUGAGAUUAGCCUUAAAUGUCCUGUUUAAAACAAAAUAGUUUUCUCAUUUUAAUCUGACCAGACCUUUUCUGAAUGCUGGUUUUCACUCGUGCCACAGAAAUAAAGUGCCCAUUUCUGCAAUAGUCAGGAAGGUAUGAUCUGUAAAAUGCAUUAUGCAUAUUACCAAAACUUAAUUCUGACAGAUUUCUUCAUAAAAACUAAUUUAAGUAGACCCACCCACAUACUUUAUACUGAGAUUUUAAUUUUGUGCAAUAUUUUCUUUAGCAUAUGUGCAUUUAAAUAAAUCGUAUAAUGAAAAAUUUUAAUGUUUUGAAUCGUAUGUUUAGCAGUCUUCUUAACCCAACAACUUGCAUUCUGUUGUUGAUGCAUAAGUUUAUUUAAGGACUUGUUUUAAAAGUCUUGGUUGUCACUCCUUGUAAGACUCACUUGUCACGGAUGAAAUUUCCUCAUCCGAGCACAGCUUGUAAACUACAGGGGGAACCUAAGAGCACAUGGUAAAUAGCUGUUAAUGAAUUUGUGCAUUUCAUUGUACAGUGUCAACAGUGUGCCUAAUUGUACUGUCAACUUUUUCUUAUUUCUGUAAUGAAAGAACAAAUGUCAAUCAGAAUGUCUUGGUGGUUUUUAAUAGACUGAAGAGGAACUCUAAAUUUUUGAGUUUGCUUUAAGCUAUUAAAAUGUUCAGUAGAACAGAUGAAAGGUAUCACACUAAAUAAAAGUAUUAACUGAAAUACAA